CUCUCCCAAUGUGGAAAGCCGCGUGAAAGUUGAUGGCAUCUCGGGAUAUGCACCUGAACGCACCACGGGCAAGGGACCACACACAUGUUGACCCCCCGCCGCUGCCUGUUAUGAUAGGGACCCCCCGCGUGGAUUCGGUCCCGUGAUGUGGGGGAGAAGACUCCCAUGGAUCCACGGUGCUGCCGCCAUCCUGCUGGCCGUCAUUACGAGCUCAUGCCGGGCUGUCACCCUGGAGUCCAUCCUGUGGAGCAGCGCCAACACAAAAUUUACUCCGGGUCGAGGUCUGGUCCUCUAUCCUCAAAUAGGAGACAAGAUGGACAUCGUCUGUCCCCGGGCGGACGCCUCCCUGGGGGAAAAGGAGGAGUUCUACCGAGUCUACCUGGUUUCCCGAAGUCAGAUGGAGAGCUGCUCCGUCAACAAGAAGGACGCGCCGCUGCUCAAUUGUGACAAACCGCACCGGGACGUCAAGUUCACCUUCAAGUUCCAGGAGUUCAGCCCCAACCUGUGGGGGCUGGAGUUCCUCAAGGGGAAGGACUAUUACAUCACCUCCACAUCUACAGGCUCCCUGCAAAGUGUGGACAACAUUAACGGAGGGGCGUGCAGGACCAGAUCCAUGAAACUGCUGCUGAGAGUCGGACAAAGUUCUUCAGAUCCUGGAUCGACACUUAGUGAGUCGCCAACUAGAUUCCCGCCAACACAAGCAAGGCCAAACGCAAAAGACAACAAUAUCAAGAACAACACAGACGCAGGCUCGGAAGCAGGGCAGCUCACCCCCGCCGGCAAUGGCGGCUCGCGGCCAGCGCUCCUGAUCUGGGUUGUCUCGGCCUGCGUGGUCCUCCUCCUCGUCGCCGGCCUGUCGCUGGCGCUGUGGAAGUGGCGCGGCUGCGGCCCGGAUCGCCAGCGGUCGGCGUCCGUGUCCCUCAACACUUUGGCCGUGCCCAAGCGGGACAGCAUCAGCAGCGACAACAUGGGCUCCGACCGCAGCGAGGUGGUCUUUCCCCUGCAGGCCUCCGACGGCAGACUCUGCCGACAUUUUGAGCGCGUGAGCGGCGACUACGGAGCGCCGGUGUACAUAGUGAAGGAGAUGGCGCCUCAGAGUCCCACCAACGUUUACUACAAAGUCUAAUCAGGAUCGGGAACGGCAGGCUUGGCUCAGUCAGAGAGGAACACAUUUGGUCUUUUGAUUUAAAAAUGCUUCAAAGACAUCUAGUUAACAUUGACAGGCAGUUCGUAAUCUGGCGAUUAUUUCGUCCGAUUAUUCGGAUAAUCAGAUAAAACACACUUUAUAAUUGAAGUAGACAACCAGCUCAAAAAGUGUGUAGUCUGAAUUAUGGCUACAGCAAUUGUUUACUUUAUUAAAUCGAUAAAUUAAUCGAUUAUUUUGUCCGAUUAAUCGAAUAUUCGGAUAAACACACUUUAAAGUUUGAGUAAACAACUAGCUCAAAUAGGUUCAUUAUGUCUUAUUUGAAAUUUGUCUCAAUUGUCUUCUAGAGUACAACAUCUUCAGUACAAUAGAUUUUUACGAUCGAUUAAUAGUUGCAGCCUUUUUCUUUGCUCGUAAAAUUAUUCUGAUUUGACUUAAAAAAAUGUUUUAAAGGUUUAUUUAACAUAUACAAGCAGUUUGUGUAUGGC